CCGCCGCCUGGCUGGAGCCGGCUCACGCAGAACUGAAACCUCCAAUGCAAGCCGGCCUCGCCCCCGCCCACGGCAGCAGCGCCAAGGCUCCGCCCCUUCCCCGUCCUACCAGGCUCCACAAUCACCUGCAGAGAUCAUCGCUGUGCCCAGGCGGUUGUGUCGACCCAGCUAGACAGGAGCUGAAACCAUGGCGGAGAAGACUCAAAAGAGUGUGAAGAUCGCACCUGGAGCAGUUGUGUGUGUAGAGAGUGAAAUCAGAGGUGAUGUCACCAUAGGACCCAGGACAGUGAUCCACCCUAAAGCACGAAUCAUCGCAGAAGCCGGUCCAAUAGUGAUCGGCGAAGGCAACCUAAUAGAGGAACAGGCGCUCAUCAUAAAUGCUCACCCUGAUAAUAUCACUCCUGAUGCAGAAGAUCCAGAACCCAAACCUAUGAUCAUUGGCACCAAUAAUGUGUUUGAAGUUGGCUGUUAUUGCCAAGCCAUGAAAAUAGGCGAUAAUAAUGUUAUCGAGUCAAAAGCGUAUGUAGGCAGGAACGUAAUACUGACAAGUGGUUGUAUCAUCGGGGCCUGUUGCAACCUGAACACGUUUGAAGUCAUCCCUGAGAACACAGUGAUCUAUGGCGGAGACUGCCUUCGUCGGGUGCAGACUGAACGGCCUCAGCCCCAGACACUACAGCUGGAUUUCCUGAUGAAAAUCUUGCCAAACUACCAUCACCUAAAGAAGACCAUGAAAGGAAGCUCAACUCCAGUUAAGAACUAAGACCAGUAGAUGACAUCAAGAUAAUAUUUGCGUUUGAGCGAUGUCUUUUUUUUUUCUUUGACUGGUGUCUUUUGAAAGAGCCACAUGUUCGUGCAUUCGUAACAGUCCACAAAACACCUGUUGACUUUAUCUUGUAAAAUUGAAUUAGAGAAGAAAGUAAUGGAUUUUCAUUGUAACUGUCCUCUAUAAUUUAUAUAAAAUAUUAUUUUCUGAUGUCCCUGUCCCAUUCUGAUAAUUUACAGAUUUUUUUGCUCUAUGUUGUGUGUUAUAUAACAUGUUGGCCAUGAAUUUUAGUUAUGUAAAAGACUACCCAUGAUAAGAAAGAACAUAUUGUUAUGUAUUUAUAUUCUAACAAAUACUAAACUAAAUAAAAAUGUUGAUGACAGGACUUUAAUCAGUUUUUCUACUUGCAUCAACUUUCCCAAAAUAGCUCUUUUAAUUUUUAUUGUAUACUAGUUAAAUAUAAAAGCUAAUGUGUUUACCUUUUCCUUUUGUGAAUUUGUGGCUGUCUAAAAUUUCAGGUGAAAUUUCAGCAGCUGUUGAAUUAAUUUAGAUUUCAUUAUGUUCCCAAGAAAAAUAUUUUUUUUUCUUUUUAGUAAAACAAAAGUAAUCAGGGAAAGAUGUAUUCAGUAGACUAUGAAGUAAUAAAGAAUGAUGUCUAAUGAAAAUGACAAGUAAAUGACCAUUAAGUGGUAUUCUUAAGUUUCUGAGGACAAUGAAACUAGAAGAGAUUUUGAUAUAUCUAUAAAUAUAUGAAAUUAGCUUGGCAUAUUACUAAUCAAUAAUUAUCAACCUUGGCCUGAUUCUGUUUACCUGAUUAUAUAAUAGGCAAAAUAUUGAGCAUUUUAUUGUAAUUCCAAGUUUUUUAAAUAAUUCAAGUGCGCGCAUUAAUGGAACAUAGUAACUUUUGAAUUAGUAGAUGUUGAUUAAUACUAAGACAUUAAAUGCUAAAAUAUUUUCUCUUGGAA